CAGCCAAUUAGAGUGGGAUCUGGCCUACCACAUAUCAGGGUACGAGGAAAAGAGAGUCCUGCCUCUGGCGUUGAAAACGAGCCUCUACUGCCCUCAGACAGAAAUAAGUUAGGAAAGGGAAAGAGCAGUCUUCUGCACUGUGAGGGAGUGCUAUGGGCCGAAUGAUUAAUUACGUCGGAGUGAAAUACUUGUCCGCCGCUUUGUGUAUCCAAUAAAUUAAGGGCUCCUGAGACUUUUACGCACACAGGUGAAGUGUUGGAUGAGCGUACAGGGACUGCUGCGCACCUUUUCUGCAGACGCAACACUUUAUAAGGAUACGCUGGACGUGGACUGGGACUGUUCUCCAUUGAAGAGCAAAUUCUCAAUCCUAUCGAAGCCCUGUUUGGAUCGCCUUCAUGUCGAAAACAUCGCCUUUAACAGAUACCAGAGGUAAACCCCAGAUCAGAAACUGCUCUCAUGAGUUUGUGCAUGGCAGGGACUUCAUUUGCGCCGCAGGUCGUUUGACAUGUGGCUGAGCAAUCUGCACAAAUUCAUGUGUCUUGGGUGCAACUUUGGAGAGCUGUCUGUUCUGCCAUUUGGCUUUUUAGACUAGGGAUGUGUCUGUUUAAUUUGCCUGAACAUGCAUUUUUGAAUACAGACAUUUUCAGCACUAGACUGCAAAUAAGUUACGGUUUAAUAAAUAAAUGCAACAAAUUAUCAUAUAAAUUAAAAGUUAAGUUAAAGGUAGAAUAGAGGAACAUAGACAACAAUAAAUAAUUCAUAAGUUAUGAGCUCAGUAAAAUGUGCAAUAUAAUAACCAGGUAACUAAAGGUGGCUUGAUGUGUCUUCAUCCAUCUGAUGUAACUCUUCAGGUCUGUGAGUGCACCCUGAUGGCUGGAAGACAGACGCUCCGCAUGGACAGCGGUACUUGCUCCGGGACGGCGGUGGAUGACAGCCCUGCAUCCAGCCCGAGCUCCAGCCCCAGUCCGGACGGCCGUCGCCAGGACCUGCAGCGGGCCAGAGUGCUCCAGGCCGGCGGGCUCGGCGGCAGAGGACGCCCGGCAGCAGCCAACGCAGCGCGGGAGAGGAGCCGCGUGCAAACCCUGAGGACCGCGUUCCUGGAGCUACAAAGGACUUUGCCGUCCGUGCCGCCGGACACCAAGCUGUCCAAACUCGACGUGUUGAUACUGGCCACCACCUAUAUUGCCCAUUUGACUCGAACACUACAAGAAGAAGGCGCGGAGGAGGGAGAGAGCACAAAACAAACAGAGGCGUUGCACUCAUUGAAAGGAGACGGCUACCUGCACCCAGUGAAGAAAUGGCCCAUGCGAUCCAGACUGUACGUCGGAGCAAGCGGACAGUUCCUCAACACCACCAGUCCUUCAGAGUCAGAGAAUCAAGGCCCAUCAUCGUCCACCUCCCAGUAACAGCCCUUAAAAUCAUCGUAUGAAAUAGUUUCAUAUUUGCAUGAGUCCAUGCUGUUGCAGCAACAUUUGCAUUAUGAUUGUAGAUCUGAUUUUACCUCCACUAAAAGCCCUCUAGGAAGACAUUGUAAAUUAAUAUAUUACAUGAAUUUUAUUGUAUAAAUUUGGAGAAAGCAUAUGUUAUGUUUCUCUGUUGUUAUU